GACAGAAAUCCUUAGAGUCGCACAGCUAUCAAGUGUGGUGGAAAGGAUAUGUGAAGGAUAGAGACUCAUAGAGACUUAUUCCGAUUAUGACGCCUCUCUACACGGUGAAAGCGAUAUCUACCUGACAUCAAGUUAGUCGCCAUAUUGUGCCUGAGAAGUGGCUGCCUGGAUAAUUUAAUCCUAAAAGAGCACAUUAACGAGGGCAGCCAUGCUGUGUUACGGAGCGAUGAUCAAUACGAGAAGGGUGGACGAGCAAGAAGUUGAACAAUUCAACUACAGCGCGUGCCAGGGCUGGGCUACAGACGCACUGCAAAUCUGGAUUCAUUUUCGAUGUAGGGACGACAGUGACAGUAAAGCACUUAGAGAUGAGCUUCACAUCUGAAACUACGGCAUGAAUCUGCUUCACCGUGUUGGAUUCCUUCCCACUGCAUUUCUUGACUUUUCUCAGUCAGGAUUUGAGGCUGGGUAAGGCAAGGUUGAAUGUCAUUCCUAGCAGGCCAUAGCCAUCCAGCCAUGGUCGUCCAUUGCAGAGGAAUCGGUGGAUUUUCCUCGAUGGCAUUGUCUGCGCCAUGUCUAUCACCAGUUCGAAUGCUUGCCCAAGAGGAGAGAGGAGUACCCUUCCAAGUGGGACCUGCAUUUUAUCGACGACAGAGCUCGUUAGCUCGGGAUUUAGGAAUCCUGCUGGCGGCACUUCACCGCCAGCAGACUGGUCAGUUACGUGUACUGGACGUGAUGAGUGGCUGCGGAGUGCGUUCUGUGCGCUACCUUCUGCAAGCGCGCGCCGAUUUUGUGUGGGCGAAUGAUGCCUGUAACGAACUCAUGGAAACUCUCGCUCUGAAUUUAUCCCAGGCACAGAAAGCAGCAACGGAGGACUUCGAGGCACGAGAGGCAGAGCUUGAGCGCUGGAGGAUUUCGGGGGAAGAUGCAAAUAAGUUGCUCCUGGGCUGUGCGGUGCGCAGAGAAUACUACGAUCUGAUAGAUGUGGAUUCCUUCGGGAGCGACACUCUCUGUCUGGGACCAGCUCUGGCAGCAGUCAAACAUGGUGGUCUGGUUUACCUGACUUCCACCGACGGCUUCUCCGCUGGUGGUCAUCGUCCUCAUAAUGCGCUGGCGUCUUAUGGAGGAUUUGUGAAUCCAAUGCCGUAUGCGAAUGAAAUCGGAUUGCGAAUGUUGAUCGGAGGCGCAGUCCGCGAAGCUGCGACGCGAAAUAUGAAAAUUGUUCCUGUGUUUUCGAACUACUCGUACCACGGUCCUGUCUUCAGAACCAUGCUGCGUGUCGAACCAGGAAAAUGGCUCAGAAAUAGAAAUUAUGGUUUCAUCGUAUACUGCAAACUGUGUGGACAGUCGCAGGACAUUCAGUUUGAGGAUCUGGGGGAAAUUGCGUGUCGGUGCUCUCACGUGAAGGCAAAAGGAUCAUUGGUAGUGUCAGGUCCUUUGUGGUUAGGUCCUCUUCAUGAGACGGAGCACGUGAAGAGCAUGAUCGAACUUGCACGUCAGUGGGGCUGGAUCAAGGCACUUGGGGAGAGAUCGCGGUCUGACUCUCCAGCGGACAUGCGGAUCUUGGAACAGCUUUUGGAGGUGAUGGUGGACGAAAGUCAGCCUGGUCUGCCAUCCGGUUACAUCGAGAUGCAUGAGGUUGGCAAGAGAGGCAAGCUGCAAACUACUCCUCGGCGCAACGAUUUCAUCCAGCUCUUGCAACAGGAGGGUUUCGUAGCAAGUCGAUCUCAUGUGAAUGCAAAUGCCGUGAAGACGAACUGUCCCAUGGAUAAGUGCAUCGAACUUGCCCGCAGCAUGAAUGCUUCUUCUCAACCACGUCAGGUAGCCACGUCCAACGGAACAGGUUCGAAGUGCUAAGGAAUCGCGAGGCUAAAGAGCAGUAUAUUAGACUACCCUGCUACUUGCAGUACCCUGAAAUAGGGAAUUGGAAAGCAAAUGCCACACACAAACAGACACACACAUAUUAUUUCACAUGUGCAAUUUCUCUUGUAAUCUUGGUCCUUUGCAGGUUACAAUAGGGCUUUACUUUCCUGGCACACCUUCUGAACUCAUUCAUUGUCCUGCCGCUCAUAUCGAGUACUUUUACUCUUUCUUCAAAAGUAAAUGAAUUUCACCCAAUUCUUUCAUUGGUCCCUCGACGAUCCUCAUGCGUCCUCUUGGACUUUGUAUAUCAUUUCUUCAUGCUUCGGGUGUAUUCUCGAGGCCCUGUCUUGGUUCGCUUCACAAAGUGUUGGGAUCUGGAGAGGGAGACCAUCGGAAUGUUGGGGCCGGUCCUUAUGAAAGUCGCUUGAUAUUAUCCAAAUGAGUUUGCCAAUUAGUGCAGAUUUGAGACGGAAAUCUGCUGUUGAACUAUCAUGCAUUAAUAGUGAACGGAAAUUUUAGCACGUUAAUGAUCAGCUAUCACCUGUCAGCUAUGACCUCUUCAAGCGAUUGAAGAAAUGGCUAGUCCACUACAGAGUCCAGCGCUCCAUGGCACACGCAACACUUUUCCUCAAGAUUCCACAAGAGCCGGUGCUCAUCUAGCAGUUGGUCAGAGGCCAGACUAAGCAACGCAACCUGCAGACCUGCAGACCAGAGAGCAAGGCAUCCUCGGGUCCAAUUUCCUCGAUGCGCUAAAACAAAUUUCUUCCCGGUUUCACUCACUUUCUUCCGAAGAAUGCGUAUACGAAAGCGUGGGGUUUUCUCUGGAUUUCACCUCCCUCUACGGCUUUGUCUUAUGUCUCGAAUGCCCCUCCAGCGGGCUCCUUUCGGCAACCUCGAGAUUCAGCUGCGUCCUGGCGUGUGUCGUCUCUGGUUGCAUACGUAUCGGAAAUAAUACUAUCAGCUCUGCACUAGACAAAGUUGCAGCUUCAACCGGGCAAAAUCCAACAACUGCCCCGCAGUGAAAACCUUCCCAUCGUAAUUUCGGAUUGCUUCUAACGCGUAGAUUAAAAUGUUCUACUCCAAAUCUGAUGUGGCUAGUCUUCAGACUGCCACGAGCUGGGCACGAGCUAGCGCUUUCCAGAGGCACUUUAUGGGGUCGACUCACCUCAAGACAGGCAAUGUAAUCACGGAGAUGAAUCUCCGAGCAGUAACAGUGGAUGAUGAAGGCGAAUAUUAAGGUGAGAAGGGGACAGACCGUCUUCCACUGCAGUCAAGCAGUAACAGACAGUGAUGAGCGAACCACAAGUAGUAGAAGGCGGUCCGGUUGUCGAUGGCGGUCUCUGAUAUGCAGAUCAGAUCGUUUAGGGCAUGAAAGGGAUAUUCAAGUUACACUCGGACGAGGACGAAGAGAUGAACCGACUGACUGACGACGAAAUACUGUGGAUCAAGAGGUCCGGGGAAUCUUCUUCAUCACCAUCACCACCUUCGAAAUUGGCUUGAGGUGACCGAAAUCGUACCUCGCGUCAAUCACGCGACUCACGUUCACUCACUCUCGCUUCUGCUCGUCGUCCUCUUCGCUAAAUCUUCUGUUGCUUCUUACGCUAUAGACUGUAGUGUCCACCACAGUGCGCACUGUGAUGUUCCUUCCAUUCGGAGUCGUUUGUCAUUUCGCGUGCCCUGUGCUGCUAUCUAUCUUUCGCAAGGCUCUCGGUCGGGCCAUCGUGCCGUCGCGCACCGAUCAUGUUCUCAACCCGCGAGCACCAAACCUUGCAAUGUUCUCGCGAGGCGGUCAUGGCGGUGAAUAAUUUACCCAAAUGGCAAAGCAAGCGAAUGAUUUGAGGAAGACGCCAGAAAGACCGAUGCCCAACCCAUGGCGGACGAAAGUGGAAGGACGACGAGCUGGAAACUUCCUCGAUGUCCGAGGGCAAGAUGGACCUGAUGAGGGAACGCAUCCAUCGAGGGCUGCGAGGGCACACAGACGAAGAACAACGAUCCGUCCACAGAUCGGAGAACGAGCCGAACAGUGAGCAUGAUAUUUAUUUAUUGCGCAAUGUGAGAGAGAGGACGAAAGCUCGAAGAACGUGUGGCACCCACAAUCUCUUCUUGUUAACACUAGAAUUAUUUCCUUGUAGUUGUAAUGCAAAUCUCAUCACAAUCUUGCCUCCAACAAUAUACGC